AUGCGUGUCAGAUUUUGUCAGUGUUUUUGUGUGUGGCAUAGUGGAUGCGUGGUGUAUUAUAAGUGGAAUGGAAACUAUGCAAGUCAUCUCUCAUGAGAGGGAGAUGACAGACGCCCCACACGAACCUGGAAACAUUUGUCACUUCUUGCAGGUCUGACCUUGACAGGACGACAUGGAUGCUUUGAAUUGGCCUCUGUUCUUUGUGUGGCUUUGCUUUAACGCGGUUCAAACGGAAGCCUCGUCCUGGACCAUAAACGUGCCUUCAUCAGUCAAAGGUCUCCCUGGAUCCUGCGUGGUGAUCCCCUGCUCUUUCAACUACCCAGAUCCAGGACAGACGGUCACUAAAUUCACCGGGAUUUGGACCGAGGAAACGAGUCACAUCAUCUACCAUCCAGUUCAGUCUAAAAUUGUGCAGCAGUAUCGGAGUCGGACAGAGCUGCUGGGAGACAUCACACACAAGAACUGUACGCUGAAGAUUGAUCCCCUUCAGGAAAGUGACCAAGGGCCUUUUUAUUUCAGGGUUGAAAUUGAAGACUUUAACCAGUUUUCUUACAAAGAACACAGCGUCUCCAUUUCAAUGAUUGGUAAUCCAAACAUGGCUGUCUUAGUGAAAGAGGAAUUAGUUGAGGGUCAGACUGUGCUGGCGUCCUGCUCCGUGUCUCCCUCCUGUCCCACCACUCUUCCUGUCUUUGUCUGGAGUCACGCCGGCGAGGUCCAUUACCAUUCACAGUUGGAUGAUGGCCAGUGGAAAGCAACAGCUACUCUGACCUUUCACCCCACCAAAGACGACCACAACAAACCUCUACUAUGCACCGUAAGACAAAAUGGAGGGCAGCAGUGGGAAAAGUCCAAGCUCCUCAAAGUAAAAUACGCCCCAGUGAAUGUGAGGGUGGAGUACAAGGCAGAGGUAAAGGAGGGAGAAGCUGUGCGGCUGAAAUGCUCCAGUGAUGCUCACCCUCCUGCCAGCAGCAAUGAGUGGUUCAAUGAAACUGGAGCUCAGCUGCAUCAGGGAAACCUCUACAUGAUGCCGAAUGUCUCCAGACACACGAGUGCAUUGUUCUGUACGGCCACCAAUACAGUAGGACAAGGCAAAUCCAGCCCUGUGUGGCUCAGUGUGUUAUAUGCCCCUGAGAUUAAGACGGCGUCCGCCUGCUCCUCAGAGGGGGAUAUGGUGAAGUGUGUGUGCAUUGUGGAGUCCAAGCCUCCCUGCAUGGUGCAUUUUGUGCUUUCUGACAGAGUCCUAUCAGGCACCAAGAUAGAGAGACACGGCUCUGUUACUAUUGGGACCCUGCAGGCAGAGUUUGGGUCUUCUGAGUUUGUCCACUGUCUGGCAAACAACACAGAGGGCGAGGCCAAACUCACACUGUCUUUUACUGUCAAUGGUAAGAUGCAGAAUCUGUUUAUUGCCAUCGCCAUCGGAGCAGGUGUGGCUUUGGUGAUACUUUUAAUAGCAGUGGGAUUUGUUAAAAAAUGUAGGGGGAAAUCUAGAGAUCCGCCAACUCCUCCCAUGAGUGCCAUGACGGCAAACAAAGUUGAAGACCCCUCUAAGUGCGCUACAGUACAAAGACAAAAGAUGGAGCGCGAUGACGUGCAGUACCCUGGCCACCAUGACAAUGAUCCUGUGUAUGGCAACGUGGAGAUGGACUGGGGUGAUGCUAUAUACGCCAAUAUGUAACAUCGCUGAGUUUACUGGACGUGCAGCUGCAGUCUCUCUGUGUGUUGUCCACAUGAUUUGGGUUAAUUUUCUGUAUAUACCACAGAAGUAGGCUGUUAUUUUCCUGUGUUCUGUAAUUCACAAUUCAAAACUAAUGUCUUAAAACAACUUACUGUUUGAUGCACUUGUGAUUGUAGUUCUUUUUUCUCUUUUUGCCGUCUACUUUUCUGAUUUAACAAAAAUAUGUUGUAUGUUGUGAUGGAACACCAUUAAACUACUAUAAUAAUUUGCUUGUAAA